GAGACCAUGGCAAAUAAUUACUCAGCUGUGACAACUGUUUGCCAUUAUUCCAUUGUGGUCGCGUGAUCUUCCUGAGGUAGGCGUGACCUUCUAUUGCGGGCAAUAGUUGGCCUCGUGUGAACGCUGCUUCAGAUAUGGCAUUUUUACACGUUGAGUAGAAACAGUAAAGCAUUUUUAACCUUGUAAUUGAAAUUUGGCAGCAGUUAGUUUUCCUAUUCAUUUUGAGGAAUUUGAAGGAGUGAUUUCAUCUUUAGUUUGAAUUUAAAACUGAUAUGCGAGUCCAUUUUGCAUGGAAUAUCCAAAAUGGAACGAGGUACCACAUUUUCUGAAGCAGGAUCAACGGAAUAUUGUAAUGAUAGCGGAAUAAGUGGGGAUUUUUUUGGAGCAGAAGAUAAACCCAGAAAGCGAAGAAACACCCUACUUUCUGAAACCAUACCAGCAAUGCAUCCUAGUAGAAGCGAAAUCAAAACGUGCACUUCUGGAAUAGAAAAUGAGAAUGUCUUACCGGAUGAGCUGGAAUUCGAAAUAGAAAAGGCUAGAUUGGAGAUCUUCAAUCAUUUUAUGAACUUGAAGAUACAAAUGGACAAUAAUGAGAAAGUGAUGGCCAAGGAAAUAGAAAUAUGGACCCGGGCAGGUCUUGCCAACAUCAGUGGCGAGAAAAAUCCUCAAAAUGAAUUUCUGAUCAAGAGUUUGAUCCAUCAUUUCGGAGAAAUAAUUGAAAACAUUGGGAAGGAAUCGAAAAGGGAUGUGAGUUAUAUUAUGGAUGACAUUCGAAAAAUCCUCAUUAAGCUUUUAAAAAAAAUUGAGAUGAGUUUUAGACCGAAACCAUCCACGGAUGCUGUUAGAGCGACAAGAAGAGGUACUCAGUCUUUUCUGUGGAUAGGAUUGUGGAGUGUUAUUGUUACGCUUAUCGCCGUUUUCCCCGAUUAUUUACUCAGAGCUUUCGAAAGUGCAGUAGCCUUCUAUCAAUCGACUAUUCUUAUAGUGCUUCUUUUUUGCAUAUUGCAUUUUUCUAAACCUGUAUGUAAAUAAUGUUCAUGUUAUGUAACCAGUUUGUGUUCUUUUUUCGGAUAUCAAUUGUUUUACUGCAGAUAAAAAUUUAUUUUGA